UGUGUAUCCCUGAAGACUCAUGAUCACUUCUCAUGUUGUUAUGUGUAUGAAUGUUACGUGAUCUUAGGCUGUACUGAAACAAUUAUAAACAGAAGACAUGUGUGCGUGGAAGGUGUAACGUUAGAUGUUACAGCUCGCGAUAAUCCGAUCCGUAUUGUCAACUUUUAACUUGUCAAAAGAGAAACUUCAGAUGUUUAUGGAAACCCAAGACUGAACACUUGGUUUCAAAACAUCUCUGACUGUUCUGGUCUGCUUUAUUACGAAUCGCGAUGGCUUUCUCAGUAGUCGAACGAAUCCAUAGCUUGUUGGUUUCGUGUUUCUUUAAGUAAUAACUUUCCAACAGAGAACUUGUGUUUUAUCCUCAAGCUCAGCAUGGAUCAUCAGACGCUUUUAAACACAGUCAUCUCAUUUAACAAAGUCCUACAGUGUGUUGUAGUUAUGUGGCAGAGAUACCGUAAACCUUACCGUAUUGAAUGUAUUUAACUGGACUCAGAUGAAGUCAUGAGCCGUCGAGUGAUUCUCCUGUCUGGAUUCAUUUGUCUCUGUGUGACACAGUGUUGCCCCUCAAGACUGACACACUGCGACAAUGGCAAGACAAAUCUAGUCACAGACCUCCCAGGACCUGAAGAGCUUGUGUGUCGAGAGCUCUGGCCACAGCCACAGACGAUUAUCCCUGAUAUUGACACAAAACAUAUUAUAAAGGCUGCUGAUUCCAUCUGUAUGGACACACCCAUUACAUACAAUGACCGUAUUCCCACCCAUGGCCCUUACCGGCCUGUUGAGGCCGGGAGUGGAGAGUACCUCUACUGCCCCCCUCAGCGCUGGCUAAACAACCUCAAAAAUGGAGCGCUGGUGUUCCUGUAUCACCCGUGUGUCUCAGCGGAAGCUCACAGGAGUCUGGCGCUGUUGGCUCAUUCGUGUCUGCCUCAUUACAUCCUCACACCUCACCCGUGGCUCAGCCAACACAGACCUUUAGCUAUGGUAUCGUGGGGUCGCUCACUAGAGAUGUCCCGCAUCACAAUUGGGGUUUGUGAUUGGCUGCUUUCCAUUUCCUCCAAUAUUAGUCAAGCUAGUACAAGCCAAAGAGCAAAGUACAAUCUGUAUUUGACUAAACCAGCACCUGUGCACAAACCAGUGAACACCAGUCAAGAGAUGUCCAAAGUGGAGAGAUUAAAGUCUCUUAAACACUGCUGCAUGGAGGCUCUCAGUCUCACUGAGGUACAGAGGACUAGAAGGAAAACCAGAAAAAUCAGAAAUGUCCUCAAACAAUCACCAGAGAAUGUGGAACUGAAAUAUGACGUCAAACCAGACAAACUUAACAGCACAGAGAGUGCAAAACUGAAUCGUACAGACACACUGCCACAAAACAACACAAAGGAAAUGGCCUCCUUCUCAAUGCUAACUGUUACACAAUCUCUCAGUUCAGCAAAGGACUCUGAGAAGACAAAGACAAUUGAUGCAGAGAAGCAAAUUUUACUGAAUAAAGUGACUGAAAGACACAAAUAUCAAAUAGACAGAAAAACGCACAAGAAAACUAUAGCGGAAGGUAAGAGGCAUCGCAUCAAGACUGACACAAAGGCGCAGAGAUCUGGAUCUGAGUGCGGGGAGCUUGGACAGUGUGGAGUCCCAGACUCAGUGUCUCCUCAUAUAGAAGGGCCGCUGAGGGGGGAGAAGAUACCCAUCCCACGAACUGAUGAGGCCGUGUGGGCAGCAGGCGCUCUGGGCUUCCUCUUAGUGCUUCUCACCCUGUCUGUGCUCCAUACACGUCUCUAUCGCCACUGCCAAUCUUCCACCAGUCUCUACUGGCACGACAACCAGCAAGACUAUGAGAACGUGGGUGACAUCAUCCGCCGAAGGCUUAGGAUGGUUGGCCGGAGGAAGAGGAGAAGCAGCCAGAGCAGGAGACAGGAAUGUGCACUGUUGCACUCCAGCAAUGAGGAGAACUCUGACUAGCUGAGAGGAUUGGUGAACACUUGUAAUCUCACACACGCUAUUUGACUUUUGUCCCGUGCAGGCUGCUGAUUCCAUCUGUAUGGACACACCCAUUACUUACAAUGACCGUAUUCCCACCCAGUAAGCUAUGACACACUCUCAGAUCCUGUACUUGUCAUAUCUGGAAUAUCUGCCCAAUCAUGUGGCACUCAUAGUGUAAAUAUACAUUUUGUUCUGUUCAUAACUCAAUUUUGAAGCUGAAGAGAACUUGUCCGUUUACACAUUCAAAACUACACAAGACAAUUUCUCUCUGGUAUUUCAAAUAGUGACACAAUUAAGUGAUAAA